ACUUUGAAAAAUCUAGAGAUUAAAAAUUGAGAAAUUUAAAAACUGGAAAAUUGAGCAAUUUAAAAAUCGAAAUUAUAAGAAACUGUGAAAAUGGAAAUUAAAAAAUCGGAAAAAUGAAAAAUAAAAAUCAAGAACUUGAAGUCGAGAAAUUGAAACAUGGUCCAAAAUUAAAGUUGAUAAAACGAAAAAUUAUCAUCGAAAAAUUGGUCGAAGGCAAAUAAAUCCAGAUUUUUCCAACAAUUAUAAUUCAUUAGGUUUUUUUUGAGUCACCCUGUUUAAAUAAUUCUAAAAACUAUGAUUCCAUGAGUGUUUUGCAUAUUUCGGAGAGGAUUUAUUUAAUUAACAUUUUGAAAUGACGUUAGGAAUACAUAACUCAGAUUGGUCAGUACUUGAUGACGUUACCCCAACACCUUGAACCUUUCCUCUUCAGAGAAAACCCGUCUCUGACUUGUGCCCUUAGGGCCGUCGAUCAAGAAUAUAGCACUGCAGGGGACGCCGAAGGCCUCUGGCUCGCGUCUUCCUCAAAAUCGUUGCAAGAGGGACCUGUCAAGGUUUCUGCGACCGGAUUUUAUACAUUUGUGAGUUAAGUCAACCAGCUAGUCGCCAAUUAGCGCACGACAUAGGUUACCUAAACAACGUUCUCCAAGACCUAGGGAUUUCACUCAGCGAAAACCUGCAGCAGUUGGCCACCCUGCUCAAACUCCUCAACGACCAGUACCACUCCGGCACCUCAACGCAAAGGAGAUGACUGAUUAAUUAAUUAAUAUCUAGAGAUGGUGAGAAGCCCAGCAACAGAUUGGUCAGUACUUGAUGACGUUACCCCAACACCUUGAACCUUUCCUCUUCAGAGAAAACGCGUCUCUGACUUGUGCCCUUAGGGCCGUAAAUCAAGAAUAUAGCACUGCAGGGGACGCCGAAGGCUCUCUGGCUCACGUCUUCCUCAAAAUCGUUGCAAGAGGGACCUGUCAAGCUUUCUGCGACCGGAUUUUAUCCAUCUGUGACUUAAGUCAACCAGCUAGUCGCCAAUUAGCGCAUGACAUAGGUUACCUAAACAACGUUCUCCAAGACCUAGGGAUUUCACUCAGCGAAAACUUGCAGCAGUUGGCCAACCUGCUCAAACUCCCCAACCAGUACCACUCCGACAGUGCCCGUUAUUCAGCGCGCUACGUCGCCUCAGUACGACAAUGAGAAACAUCACGUCGAAUUAAAUUAACCUAAUAAUUAUAUUUAAAACUGUUGUACAAAAAUCUUAAAAUAUACAUUAUUUCUGUUC